AAGACGUAUCCCCUUAAAGAAAAGUCGACAGCAACUUCAGCGAGAAAAAGUCCUUCAGAAACAAAGCCGAAAACUUGGGCUUCAAGAUGGAUCAACCUCUUUACCUCCAGAGCAGCUGCUUUUUACACCUAAACAGAGAUUUAACACUCAGAAACCACAUUUUUCUUCCCCUAUUCUUCCUCUCACCUCUCCUGUUGGUGACAGAAAUCCAAAGACUAUUGAAAUUCAACCAAGGGAACCAGGACAUGAGAAUUCCCAUGAUGGUCACAAAAAUACUGAUGUUCUUCCUCCAAAGUCAGAAUGUAAAUUGGAGAAAAAGAAAGUGGAAUUGCAAGACGAAUCUCAUUGGGAAGUCCUCCAACAAGAGCAAUGGCUAAUGGAAGAGAAAAAUAAAUGUAAGAAAGCUCUUUUGGCUAAAGCUGUUGCAGAAAGAUCCAAAAGAACUCAAGCAGAGACCAUGAAACUAAAGUGAAUCCAGAAGGAGUUGCAGGUUUUAGAUGACAUGGUGUCUGCUGACAUUGGAAUCCUCAGGAAUUGGAUUGAUCAGGCCAGCAUGGACUAUUCAUAUGCUCAGUGA